AUGGGGGACGGAGGGGAGGGGAUGGAGGGAGGGGGACUGAGGGAUGAGAUAGAGGGAGGGGACGGAGGGAGGGGACAGAGGGAGGGUACGGAGGGAGGGUACGGAUGGAGGUGAUGGAGGCAAGGGACGGAGGGAGGGGACUGAGGGAAGGGACGGAGGGAAGGGACUGAUGAGAUAGAGGGAGGGGAGGGAGGGAGAGGACAUGAGGGAGGGGACGGAGGGAGGGUGAUGGAGGCAGGGGAUGGAGGGAGGGGACUGAGGGAGGGGAGGAAGGGGAUGGAGGGAAGGGACGGAGGGAGGGGGACGGAGUGAUGAGAUAGAGGGAGGGGAGGAAGGGGAUGGAGGGAGGUGAUGGAGGGAGGUGAUGGAGGGAUGAGAUAGAGGGAGGGGAGGAAGGGGAUGGAGGGAGGUGAUGGAGGGAGGUGAUGGAGGGAUGAGAUAGAGGGAGGGGAGGAAGGGGAUGGAGGGAAGGGACGGAGGAAGGUGAUGGAGGGAGGUGAUGGAGGGAUGAGAUAGAGGGAGGGGAGGAAGGGGAUGGAGGGAAGGGACGGAGGAAGGUGAUGGAGGGAGGUGAUGGAGGGAUGAGAUAGAGGGAGGGGAGGAAGGGGAUGGAGGGAAGGGACGGAGGAAGGUGAUGGAGGGAGGUGAUGGAGGGAGGUGAUGGAGGGAGGGCUGCUGUUGUGGUUGCCUUCAUUGUGGUUUUACAGUUGACACAUACAAUGUCAUGUCAGAGGAGGCUGCGGUGGGUGAAGAAUGUGUCUCGCUGCUCCCUAAGUAAUUGGGUGUUUGGAGGAAGGGAGGGAGGGAGGGAGGGAGGGAGGGAGGGGAAGGGUCGGUGAGGAGAGCUAGCGCUAAUGCAGCUGAGUGUCUGGAUGAAGAGAGGAGAGAGAGAGAGGGGGUUGGUGAGGAGAGCCAGGGCUAAUGCUGCCGAGUAUCUGGACCAGGGAGGGGCAGCAAACAAGGUUUACCUCAGACCCUUGGUCAAUCAUAAAGACAUUUAGGCCUUGUUAUCAUAUAGCUCCAUUCUGAAAUGCAUUAGAUGGCUGUUUUCUUGGAACCCCUGUGUGCACAGCAAGUAAACAACUCUGGAUGGAUGUGGUUGUUUGAUUGGGAUUUAAAUGGAUUUGUGGAUGAAUGGUUGUGGCAAACCACAGAUAUGACAAAAUGUAUUCUCUCCCACUGAAAUGUAUUGAUUCAUGGAAACACACAUUACCUUUCACUGUAAUUCAGUUAAGUCAUCAGCACAGUAGGUCAACUUACAUUUGACAUUCAUCUCCUCUCUUUUGUACAAUUUGUAGAAUUGCCUUAUAUUGGAGCAUCACAUCUGAAAUAUCCCUGACAUUUAAGUCUAAUAAAUGUUUUUAUCUAGUCAUAUUUCUUUGUCAUCCCACAAAUCCCUGUAAAAUAUUCAGGACGAGUAUGCAGGGAGACAGUUGGCACAAAUGUUCCUAAAUGCCUUGCUCCUUUGUCUCAUAAAAUGGGUAAUUAACAAUUAACUUCAUGAAUGGUGAUUGCAGCCAGACUAAUUGGAAACAAUUUGCAUUCCUUUCCUUUCUACAGUGAGCGUGAUAAAAUAUAGCCAGCCUUUUUAGUAGUGCUGUUCAAGGUCUUACUGUAUUAUCUGCAAAUUUCUAUGCUGCCUGUGAACUGUGUCUCUGCAGCUGUCACAUAGAAAAAUGAUGUCAUAUGUCCCCUCCCACUGGGCACAAACUGGUUAAAUCAAAGUUGUUUCAAAGUAAUUUGUCAACGUAUUUUGGCGUGGAAUCUACGUGGAAAAUACAUUGGAUUUGAAAAAAGUAAUCAACGUAAACUGUUAUUUUUAGGGUAAAAUUUCAACCACAGAAUUAUGUCAUCAUGGUAACCAAUUUUCAACAUAGACAAACCUUGUAUAAAAUAUGUUGAAUUUGUACAUUUGAAACAAUGUCAGCGAGUUGAUCUAUCUACAGCUAUUACUUCUCGCAUCCAGGGUUUUAACCAAGCCCUGCUUAGCUUUGAUUUUUGUCACUGACUAUAACCAAUGUACUAUCGUGAGAAUGAUUGUUGAGAAAUCUCCACUUAAUACAGUUGAAGUCGGAAGUGUACAUACACUUAGGUUGGAGUAUUAAAACUCGUUUUUUAACCACUCCACAAAUUUCAUGUUAACAAACUAGAGUUUUGGCAAGUCGGUUAGGACAUCUACUUUGUGCAUGACACAAGUAAUUUUUCCAACAAUUGUUUACAGACAGAUUAUUUCACUUAUAAUUCACUGUAUCACAAUUCCAGUGGGUCAGAAGUUUACAUACACUAAGUUGACUGUGCCUUUAAUCAGCUUGGAAAAUUCCAAAAAAUGAUCUCAUGGCUUUAGAAGCUUCUGAUAGGCAAAUUUACAUCAUUUGAGUCAAUUGGAGGUGUACCUGUGGAUGUAUUUCAAGGCCUACCUUCAAACUCAGUUCCUCUUUGCUUGACAUCAUGGGAAAAUCAAAAUAAAUCAGCCAAGUCCUCAGAAAAAAAAUUGUAGACCUCCACAAGUCUGGUUCAUCCUUGGGAGCAAUUUCCAAACACCUGAAGGUACCAUGUUCAUCUGUACAAACAAUAGUAUGCAAGUAUAAACACCAUGGGACCAUGCAGCUGUCAUACCGCUCAGGAAGGAGACGUGUUCUGUCUCCUAGAGAUUAACGUACAUUGGUGCGAAAAGUGCAAAUCAAUCACAGAACAACAGCAAAGGACCUUGUGAAGAUGCUGGAGGAAACAGGUACAAAAGUAUCUAUAUCCACAGUAAAACGAGUCCUAUAUCGACAAAACCUGAAAGGCCGCUCAGCAAGGAAGAAGCCACUGCUCCAAAACCGUCAAAAAGAGCCAGACUACAGUUUGCAACUGCACAUGGGGACAAAGAUCGUGCUUUUUGGAGAAAUGUCCUCUGGUCUGAUUAAACAAAAAUAGAACUGUUUGGCCAUAAUGAUCAUCGUUAUGUUUGGAGGAAAAAGGGGGUUCCUUGCAAGCCGAAGAACCAUCCCAACCGUGAAGCACGGGGGUGGCAGCAUCAUGCUGUGGGGGUGCUUUGCUGCAGGAGGGACUGGUGCACUUCACAAAAUAGAUGGCAUCAUGAGGAAGGAAAAUUAUGUGGAUAUAUUGAAGCAACAUCUCAAGACAUCAGUCAGGAAGUUAAAGCUUGGUCGCAAAUGGGUCUUCCAAAUGGACAAUGACCCCAAGCAUACUUCCAAAGUUGUGCCAAAAUGGCUUAAGGAUAACAAAGUCAAGGUAUUGGAGUGGCCAUCACAAAGCCCUGACCUCAAUCCUAUAGAACAUUUUUGGCCAGAACUGAAAAAGCGUGUGCGAGCAAGGAGGCCUACAAACCUGACUCAGUUACACCAGCUCUGUCAGGAGGAAUGGGCCAAAAUGCACCCAACUUAUUGUGGGAAGCUUGUGGAAGGCUACCUGAAACGUUUGACCCAAGUUAAACAAUUUAAAGGCAAUGCCUCCAAAUACUAAUUGAGUGUAUGUAAACUUUUGACCCACUGGGAAUGUGAUGAAAGAAAUAACAGCUGAAAUAAAUCAUUCUCUCUACUAUUAUUCUGACAUUUCACAUUCUUAAAAUAAAGUGGUGAUCCUAACUGACCUAAAACAGGGAAUUUUUACUAGGAUUAAAUGUCAGGAAUUGUGAAAAACUGAGUUUAAAUGUAUUUGGCUAAGAUGUAUGUAAACUUCUGACUUCAACUGUAGAUUCACUGUUGCUAUUGAAGUCAUUCUAAAGGGUAGUUUCAACAGAACAAAUGAAAUGUAACCAUAGUCGAUAAGGCAUAUAUCACCAAUGAUACUAUUUAGGCCUAUAUUCAUAUACGAAGUCAUCAACAGCUAUUGUUUCAAUUCAACCCAGGAUUCAACUAAAAAUAGACAAUACAUAUGUCACGUUCAUUGAGUACAGGAUUGGACCAAGGUGCAGAGUGGAAUGCAUACAUGUUUAUUCACUAAGUUAACACAUGACAAAACAACAAAAGCAACGUAACGUGAAGCUCACAAUGGCUACACACAAACAAGCCAAACAAGAGUCAAGAUCCCACAACAUAGGUAGGCAAAACGGCUACCUAAGGAUGAUCCCCAAUCAAAGACAACGGUCGACAGCUGCCUCUGAUUGGGAACCACACCCGGCCAACAUAGAAAUACACAACAUAGAUAUACACAUAGAAAUUCACACCCUGCCCAAACCAGCUAGAGAAAGGCUUUCAAGGUCAGGGCGUGACAGUACCCCCCCCAAAGGUGCGGACUCCGGCCGCAAAACCUAACUUAACAGGGGAGGGUCCGGGUGGGCAUCUAGCCUCGGUGGCGGCUUCGGCUCUGGGCGUGACGUCCUCUCCCUUACUGCCUCCCCGUUGCACCCCUGGUCCGGUCUGGACCUCGGUGCGAUGCUUCCCCUCUCAGUCCUCCCACGAAGCACCAAGCCCUGUCUGGACCCUGGUGUGGGAGACCCCGACCCUGGAGAGGGGCCAACAUCUGUGCCUGGACCGGCAAUCCCCCCGCGAUGCACCAAGCCCUGUCUGGACCCUGGUGUGGGAGGCCCUGACCCUGGAGAGGGGUUGACGUCUGGUUCUGGAGUGGAGCCGCUGACCGGAGCUGAACUGAACCCCGGUGGAGCGGACUGGACUGGAGCAGCUGACCGGGGCUGGACUAGGCACCGGUAGAGCGGACUACUCUGGCACCGGAGUGGAGCCGCUGACCGGAGCUGGACUGGACACCGGUGGAGCGGACUUCUCUGGCACUGGAGUGGAGCAGCUGACCGGAGCUGGAUUUGGCACCGGUGGAGCGGACUGCUCUGGCACUGGAGUGGAGCAGCUGACCGGAGCUGGACUGGGCACCGGUAGAGCGGACUUCUCUGGCACUGGAGUGGAGCAGCUGACCGGAGCUGGACUAGCCACCGGUAGAGCGGACUACUCUGGCACCGGAGUGGAGCCGCUGACCGGAGCUGGACUGGACACCGGUGGAGCGGACUUCUCUGGCACUGGAGUGGAGCAGCUGACCGGAGCUGGAUUUGGCACCGGUGGAGCGGACUGCUCUGGCACUGGAGUGGAGCAGCUGACCGGAGCUGGACUGGGCACCGGUAGAGCGGACUUCUCUGGCACUGGAGUGGAGCAGCUGACCGGAGCUGGACUAGGCACCGGUGGAGCGGACUGCUCUGGCACCGGAGUGGAGCAGUUGACCGGUACUGGACUGGAUAUACGCACCACUGGUUUGGUGCGAGGAGCAGGCACGGGCCGUGCCGGACUGGAGACAAGCACCACUGGUUUGGUGCGAGGAGCAGGCACGGGGCGUACUGGGCUGGCGACACGCACCACUGGUUUGGUGCGGGGAGCAGGUACGGGCCGUACCGGACUGGAUACACGCACCACUAGUUUGGUGCGGGGAGUUGGCUCUGCUAAACCUGGCUCCGCCAGCCUCUGCUCUAAGGCCCGAGCUCUCUGCUGCUGGAGGGUUAACUCCUUUCUCAGCUCCUCCUGUUGCCUGGCCAGCUCCUCUCUCCGUGCAUCCACUAAUUCCUUCUCCCUACGGGCCUCCUGCAGCGCCUCCUCUUGAAGGGAGCUCUCCUGCUCUAUCCUCGCUAUCAGUCCCCGUAAUGUGGUGGCCUCCUCUCUCAAACUGCUGAUCCACAGGUCUUGGAGGACCUCUAAAAUAGCGGCCUCCUCCUCCACAGUCAGCCCUUUCACGGCCUCCUGCUGCUUCGUCGACCACCCUGUGUGCCCCCCCAAACAUUUUUUCUUGGGGUUGCCUCUCGGGUCUCCUUCGUCGUUUCGCAUUUUGGAGUCGCCGUCUUUUCUCCCUCGCUGCCUCUGUUUGCUCCCAAGGAAGGCGAUCCAUACCAUCCUGGAUCUCUUCCCACGUCCAUGAUCCUUUUCCUUCCAGUAUCUCCUCCCAUGUCCAGGAUUUUUGCUUUUCCUGGCCACGCUGCUUGGUCCGUAUUUGGUGUGAUCUUCUGUCAGGUCCGUUGAGUACAGGAUUGGACCAAGGUGCAGCGUGGAAUGCAUACAUGUUUAUUCACUAAGUUAACACACGACAAAACAACAAACGUAACGUGAAGCUCACAAUGACUACACACAAACAAGCCAAACAAGAGUCAAGAUCCCACAACAUAGGUAGGCAAAACGGCUACCUAAGUAUGACGGUCGACAGCUGCCUCUGAUUGGGAACCACACCCGGCCAACAUAGAAAUCCACAACAUAGAUAUACACAUAGACAUUCACACCCUGCCCAAACCAGCUAGAGAAAACAGGCUUUCAAGGUCAGGGCGUGACAACAUAUAGGCCUAGGGUUUCAAGCUUUGGUUGAUUUCAGUUAAUAAGUUAACAAUUGAUAUGUUGGAUUCACGUCUUCAUAUCAACCAAAAAUCUAAGUUAAAGAAUAGGAUUAAAUCAAAUCAAACUGUAUUUAAAGUGCAUUUAAAGUUUGAUUUAGUCCUAUUCCUUAACUUAGAUUUUUGGUUGAAAUGGAUACUUGAAUUCAAAAUGUAAAUUAUUAAUUUGUAGACAAACUGGAAUUAAAGCCAGACUCAGUGGCGCAGAAGAAACAUCUCCUUCAAAUGUUGUUAUCUGAUUGCGUUGACAACCAAACACAAUUUAAUAUCACUUUCGCAAUACGGUAAAUAGCCUAUUAACUUGUUGACAAGUUAACAAAUUAUAUGUUGGAUUCACGUCUCCAUUACAACCAAAAAUGUAAGUAAAAUAAUAAUAUUAAGCCAGUGGCUUAGAUCUAACUAUCCAAGUAGUACAUACAUCUGCUUUAAAUGUUGAUAUUUGGUUGCAUUGUCAACCAAACACAACUCAAUAUUACUUUUGUAAUACGGUAAACAGUCUUCAGGCUAUCUUAAUGUAACAGUUUUUUUUCAACCUUAAAAUGAGUAACACAUCCAUGGCCACAUUUUGAGGUUACUGUAACUAUAAAAGUCUUAUAAUGUAAUCAUAGAAAGCGUGCAUGUCCAAGGUCGCAGGUCUGUGGAAAUCUUCACAAUUGCUAUAAUAAUCUGCACAGAAUCUCCAACAGCAUUGAUCACUUGCACCAUGUACUUUUAAUAUAAUCUCAACUGCAAUCCAGGUCAUUUGGUUCUGCUAUUAAAUGAAGCACAGGGAUAACACAUUAAAUUGUUGUAUAAAUAAACAUAAUAUCAGACAUUGAUUUUCCAUUGGAAUUUGGUUGUGCUUUUAGAUGGUUGAAAGCAUAGUGAUAACACAUUGGGGAUUCAACAAACUUCUGUCUUUUUGAGUGGGUGAAAAUAAGUUGAAAACUCAUUGAUCAACGUAUCUACCAAAUAUGACCUAAUUCUCCAUGUUGAAAUGAUGUGGUGUGCCCAGUGGGCUGUCAUAUAAACGAAUUGAUUAUGAAAAUAUAAACUACAUUAAUGAAUAUUUCUUUAUCUUCCUCCAUUGAAUAGAAACAGCCUCCCUCCUUUCUUUGCAGAUUAAUGGAUAGGUUCCCUUUUCUCUCAUUCUCAGCGGCUGGCCUCUGUGGGGCUGGAUGGCAAAAAUACAGUGUGUGUUUGGGACUGGAAGAAAGGAAAGAUACUGGCCACUGCGACAGGACAUUCAGACAGGGUAUGCUGUUGUGUGUACUCUGCGCAUGUUUGCAUUUGCGUUUGUGUGUUGUGUAUUGAUUAAGUGUGUAUGUGAGUGUACGGUGUGUUUGCGUCUUGACUUUCUGUGUGAUUGAGAGGAAAUGUGUGUGUGUUAUUGGCUUGGCUGUCUUUCAGAUCUUCGAUGUAUCCUGGGAUCCCUUUCAGCAGAACCGGCUGGUGAGCUGUGGGGUAAAGCACAUCAAGGUGAGCUUCAGAAUAACAACACAGUCUGCUCAGUCAAUCCAUACGCUACAUUUGAGACAAGUCCAAAAAUAACUUAUGGGGAGCUAUCAAAGUUGGCAUGGGUUACCCUGAUCCAAUGCAGCCGGCAGCAGUCUAUUUUGAAGUUCUACAACAAGGGUUCCCAACCUCUUUUCAACAGGGCCCCCUUUUUGACAUUUGACUGUCCAUUUCUUUUGACUUUAGAAGGUCGUAGCUUAUCUUCUGAAUGUCAUAGAGACAAACCCAAUGUACAUAAGAGUUGCCUCUUCCUCUGCAUUUUACAAAUUAUUUCUAGCCUAAAGCAUUGCAGAGUUAAAAAAUACAAUAGAACAAUCAAGGACCCCCCCCCCCCCCCCCUAUUCUUCAACAUGUACGUUUAUACGGUUGUUGUUAAAAGUGGAGGAGUAGGUAGGUGCUCUCAGAUAUCCUGGCAGUAGAAUGAGAAAGUGGUGUUAGGGGGACUGGGACAUAUUGUUUUCAUUGGGUCAAAAGCAGUAAUCUGGUCUGUCAUUCCCCUCCGGAAGGGCUGUCUCCUAGUGUACCCACCCCCACCCCCCACACCCACACACACCACACACACACACACACACACACACCACACACACACACACACACACACCACACACACACACACACCACACACACACACACACACCACCUCACACUCCACUCACACCACACUCACACUCACACUCACAUCACCCCACUCACACUCACACUCACACUCCACUCACACACCCACACACAACACACACACACACACACACACACACACACACACACACACACUCCCACACACACUCACACUCACACUUACACAACACUGAACUUACAGAAGAGCCCUCAGUUUACAAUAAAUAUGUACAUGGAAAUUCCUCACAAAGAGUAGCAAUGGAUAAUCACAUUUCUAGUUGUUUUAUUUACACUCUUAGAAAAAAAAGGUGCUAUCUAGAACCUAAAAGGGUUCUUCAGCUGUCCCCAUAGGAUAACCUUUUGAAAAAACCUUUCCACAGAGGGUCCUACAUGGAACCCAAGAGAGUUCUACCUGGAACCAAAAAGGGUUCUACCAGGAACCAAAAAGGGUUCACCUAUGGGGACAGCCGAAUAACCAUUUUUUAACCGUUUUAUAUAGCACCAUCUCCAGUUAUGGAAGGAGACAUACAUUUUUGAGUUAAUUGUGCCUUCCCAACUAACCGCUGUGAGCUUUAUUAGAAACAAGUGCCAUGCUAUCUGCCCUGAGGUGAUCAGGCUGGCUAGCAAAUGAACAGCAAAUCAACGCAUCUCCAAACAUACCGUGACAGCAGCUGAUCUCUGAUCUCUUUCCUUUCCUGUCAUUAUCCACCUCUCUUUCUCAUCUUCUCUUUUAUCCACCUCUCUCUCUCCCUCUCCUCCAUGACCUGUUUUAUCCACCUCUCUCUCUACCUCUCCUCCAUGACCUGUUUUAUCCACCUCUCUCUCUCCCUCUCCUCCAUGACCUGUUUUAUCCACCUCUCUCUCUCUCCCUCUCCUCCAUGACCUGUUAUAUCCACCUCUCUCUCUCCCUCUCCUCCAUGACCUGUUUUAAUCCACCUCUCUCUCUACCUCUCCUCCAUGACCUGUUUUAUAUCCACCUCUCUCUCUAACCUCUCCUCCAUGACCUGUUUUAUCCACCUCUCUCUCUCCCUCUCCUCCAUGACCUGUUUUAUCCACCUCUCUCUCUCUCCCUCUCCUCCAUGACCUGUUUUAUCCACCUCUCUCUCUACCUCUCCUCCAUGACCUGUUUUAUCCACCUCUCUCUCUACCUCUCCUCCAUGACCUGUUUUAUCCACCUCUCUCUCUACCUCUCCUCCAUGACCUGUUUUAUCCACCUCUCUCUCUCCCUCUCCUCCAUGACCUGUUUUAUCCACCUCUCUCUCUCCCUCUCCUCCAUGACCUGUUUUAUCCACCUUUCUAUUCACUGCUCCAAUUAUCGUGCUUCACCUUUCCUUCCUCUGCCAAUGCCUACUUGUACUUCUCUCUCAUUUCCUGUCUCAUCUCUCCUUCUCCUUCUUUCACUCCUUCCCCCUCUCCAUGUCUCUAGUUCUGGGCUCUUUGCGGGAACGCCUUGACGCCCAAACGGGGGAUAUUUGGGAAGACGGGGGACCUACAGACCAUUCUGUGUGUGGCGUCGGCUAAAGAUGAUGUCACGUACUCUGGGGCGUUGAAUGGGGAUAUCUACGUGUGGAAAGGACUGAACCUUAUGCGCACGGUGCAGGCUGCUCAUGGGGUGAGUGAAAUACAUUUACAUUUUACGUCAUUUAGCAGACGCUCUUAUCCAGAGCGACUUACAGUUACGUCACUCUAAUUCUCAACACCCAUUGGCUGUACACUUCCAGACAUCCAAACUCCCGCUCCGGCUAAACUCAAACAUUCUCAUGUCUAUAAUUGUGUACACUCAUACACUGCAGAAACUCAAUUCCCCUUCUCUCCCUAUGAAUCCCUUCCCUGAAACCUUAGUAAAUCUAUAAAGCUUUGAAAAGCAUUCAAAAUUAGGAUUUUGCCCCCUUUUUGUGUCUCCAAUACAGAAAUAGACUUUUUGACCCGCACUCCAUCUGAAAUCAUAUUCCUUUUCAAGUACCUUUUUUCUAUGCACAGAUGAGUUUGAUAAUUCCCCUGCCUAAGACUAAAGUUGACUGCAUUGUGUGUAGGCUGGGAUCUUCAGCAUGUAUGCCUGUGAGGAGGGCUUCGCCACGGGGGGACGUGACGGCUGUGUCAGGCUCUGGGACGUGGACUUCAAGCCUAUCACCAAGAUCGACCUUCGGGAGGCUGAGCAGGGGUAUAAAGGUAGGCCUGGUUUAACCUCUUAAAUGUAAUGGCAAAAUGUUGAUUUCCGCCUAAAUAGACAUACCCAAAAGUAACUGCUAUAGUAUUUAUAUUAGCCCUCUGAUUACAAGACGUGCUGCUCUGUUCUGGACCAGCUGCAGCUUAACUAGGUCUUUCUUUGCAGCACUUGACCACAUGACUGGACAAUAAUCAAGAUAAGACCAACUAGAGCCUGCAGGCUUUUUGGAGUGUGGUGUGAAAAAAGUUGAGCAUCUCUUUUGAUGGAGAGACAGAGGAUGCGAGGCAAAUCUUUAUAAGGAGAUCCAUCUACGCUCACAGGAAUGUGUGUGCACUGUGUUGUCUAUAGAUUUAAGGGUCAGAGUCCAGGCUUCUGAUGCAGGUCGAUCCAGACACCCAUAGAUGUGUACAGGGGUUAACAUACCGUAACCAGGGAGUAUGUGCAGGUCACUUAAGUCAGUGUGUUCUGCCUAAUAGAGACUGAUGUGUGUUCAGCUCAUUGAGGUCCCUGCCAUGGUGUUUUAUUAGCCUGUCCCUGUGGAUUUAUCAUUGGCAUCUGUUGACUGGGAACAGGACAGACAGACAGACAGACACAGAGAGAAGAGAGAGAGAGAGAGAUAGAGAGAGAGAGAGAUAGAGAGAGAGAAGAGAAGAUAUAGAGAGAGCUCCCUAUCGAGCGAUGACUCUCCUCUCUCGUCUCCUCUCCUUAGCUCGUCUCUCCUCUCCGCUCUCUCUCUCGCUCUCUCUCUCUCUCUCUCCUCUCUCUUUUGAUCUGCCCCUCCUUCCUUUCAAUCCAUCUGAGCCAGAGGAAGCCAUGUUAAUCCAAUCAGACAGAGAAAUAAAAGAUGGUUGGGUCUGAGAGAGUCUGUGCUGUAUGGAUGAAACAGAAUAAAGGUUUCUAAACCUUUGUGACAGAUGACAUUUAGUCAACUCCCUGUUUCUUUCUGCUCUGUGCCUCCUGCUAAGUUGAGGAAACCAUCAGUGGCACUCAUGUAUUAUCAAUGAGUCUCUUCUCACUUCCCUUCCUCUGCUCCUCUGUUCUCCUCUCCUCUGUUCUCCUCUCCUCUGUUCUCCUCUCCUCUGUGCUGAGCUGUGGUUGCCUGGCUGUUUAUGGUAGCUAGGGGCUGGUAAAAGCCGAGUAAAGCUGUGUGUCCCUAGCCAGCCUCGGGGGUGGGGAAUACUAAUAUCUGACCUUUCACAGGAAAGUGACAGUUAUGAAGGCUGUGGCCUUUCUGAAAGCCCCACAGACACCCUGGGAUUAGAUACUGGUCUUGUUGGGUGUUUGGUGGCCGUUCAAAGAUCUUAGGAAAUAAAUAUUGUAAAAUGAAUCUUGAUUGAGUUUAAAUCAAUCUUGUCGGUUUGGUCAGUAGGAAUGUCAUUAUGCAAAAAGGAUUAAUGUGCAACUUUUCCAAACGUAAAUUAGUACACCUUCAAAACAGCUUGUGGCUCUAGAUUAGAAUGUUCUACCAAUGAUUUUUGUACCGUCUGUAUUAAGGGAUUUCCAACUUCUGUUCUUGAAAGUUUUGAGUCCCAGUGAAGGUUUGAUUCCCAACUGCAGAUCAGUUUUAGUGAGAAGACAUCUGAGAUAAGUAAUUACUUUUCAGAAAUGGUUAUUCCCCCACCGUGUCAAAGCUGAAGUUUAUUGUGCAGCCAAUUAACUUGAGUUCUCUGGUUGCCAGGUAUUUUAUGUCCACACAGAUUAUGAGACUGGUUUCGGUUGCAGGUACUCUUGUUAGCCUAUGCAUUUGCUGUAGCUGGUUUCUGGUUGCCAGGUACUGUUUUAUAAUUGUUUUCAUAUCCUGUGAUGUUAUUGAGGUUUUGUUAUAACAAGAGUCUGGGGAUUUGUAGCUGUGCUUCUCCUGACAUAAUUACAGACUAUUUAGUACAGAUGACAUGCAUUAGGUGAUGUCUUGCAUUGGGUGAUGUCUUGCUGAUGUCUUGCUUGUUUGAAAUGCCAUCGCUGUAGCAGCUCAAUCUGUUUCUCCCUCUAGAGUUGUCUGCUUCAUUUCUCUCUCUUCCCAAAUGAAAGUCGACCUGUAUCAGCCACACAUUCUCCUUCUGCAAUUUACUCUGUGAAAAAUCGGAACGUUGUCUGAAUGUAAUAGUUUGUAACUCUUGACUGAAGUGUAAAACACGGUGAAGUGGAUUGGAUGCUGGAGUAUUGAAAGUGAUUGGAUCCUUCAUCACCUGCUGAAGAACGGGUGGGAUUGCAUUCGACCCACCUUUUUUGUUAUACAUGACAGAGCAUUCAUUAUUUGUGAUGUCCUCUCUCCCACUCUCUCUCUCUUCCCUUUCUCUCUCAGGGCUGUCUAUCCGUAGUGUGUGUUGGAGGGCAGACCGUAUCCUGGCGGGGACGCAGGACAGUGAGAUCUUUGAGGUGAUGGUUCGGGACAGAGACAAGCCUCUGCUCAUCAUUCAGGGUCACUGUGAGGGAGAGCUCUGGGCUCUGGACGUCCACCCCAAGAAACCGCUCGCUGUGACUGGCAGUGACGAUCGGUCUGUACGGUCAGUAUUAACUCCAGCAGCAAUGUAGCUCGUACAUCAAUUCCCCUAGGAGCAUCUUUAUAGACCCAGUAGUUAUCAGCCAGGCCAACAUCCCUGUCCAUUCUAUUUUAAUCCACCACUUCAUCCAGACUUUUCAUCUUAAUUACAUCCACUCAGUGAACCCUGACCCGCAGUACUACUUGUCCUGUUUGGUUCACUGGUUCUCCUCUCUCUCAGACGGCCCUUAUUUUGUAAGCACCUGUUCUUCACAUUUCUAACAGGGACAGUUCUAGGCUAGUUCAGAGCUAGCUAUAGAGAAGUGUCAGCCUGUGCAAGGGACAGAUCAUGGAUAAUGAGGCCUCAUGUCUGCUAUCAGUAGAACUGGAUCAGUCCCUCCACAACACACACACAGACCCACACAACCCUGCUCUACCAGGAGAGACAGAGCUCUCUGAGGGCCCAAUCAGGGAGCCAAUUAGGCUCUGUCUCACAGAUACACACGCACACACAUACACGCUCACACACCCAAGCGCACACACACGCUCACACACCAUACUAAACACACACACAUGCACCUCCUGCAUCUCAGCAACUUCAUUCAACAUAAUUGAACUUAUUUCAAGCCUUCACCCUGCAGCUGUAACUAGCUCAUUAAAACUUCUGUCACUUAACUACUACUCAUAUCAUUUACUUUAUUAUGACUGUCACUACAGAGGCAAUGUUCAUAGCUGAAACUGUGCUGAUUGGUCACGACUGUGUGUGUGUGUGUGUGUGUGUGUGUUUGUAUGUGUGUGUGUGUGUGUGUGUGUGUGUGUGUGUGUGUGUGUGUGUGUGUGUGUGUGUGUGUGUGUGUGUGUGUGUGUGUGUGUGUGUGUGUGUGUGUGUGUGUGUGUGUGUGUGUGUGUGUGUGUGAGGUGUUCUCAGGUUGUGGAGCCUGGCAGACCACACCCUGAUAGCUCGCUGUAACAUGGAAGAGGCUGUCCGCAGUGUGGCCUUCAGCCACGAUGGCUCUCAGCUCGCUCUGGGCAUGAAGGACGGCUCCUUCACCGUGCUCCGAGUCAGGUACUGCUAACAUCUGCCUUCACUACCUAUCUUUAGUCCCUAGAGAGUCUUCAAUUGAUCCCCCUGUUGUUGCAGGAAAUGUCCUACACAGCAGGAAAUGUCCUACACAGCAGGAAAUGCAAACUUGUAGUGUAUUCAAGGUUUAAAAAUAAUUCUAAAGUUUGUAAUUUCCUUGAUUUCAUUGAAAUGACGUGGAAACAACGUUGAUUCAACCAGUGUGUGCCCAGCAGGUUGAAUUAUAGCAAAGCUGGCAAAAGUAUUUCCAGCAUCAAACUCUUCAGAUACAUCUUGUAAAGAAGGGCCAUAAAGUUAUGCAACUUAGCCUAGUGGGCCAAAAUCUCAGGUUUUAACAGUCCCCUAUUGAGAUGCUGAAUUCAUCACUUAAAGCCUGAUUGAAGGCCCCAGUUUAAUUUACUCCCCAGUAGGACCAGUGUGCAGGCCUGCACUUUCCAUUAAGUUAUAGUAAAUUGGUCCGCAGUGCUGUUAAUCAAUACGUUUUGAAGUGGCUAAUCCCCACGCUGCACUUUGAAGUGAGCAGCGCUCCCGAAUUGUAUUCAGUCUAUUAGAAAUGAGCGAGUUUACAGCAGCAGAAGCAGCUUUUUAUGAUUGGAUGAAUUUCUGUUGCCUGGGGCUGUGUUGUGUUGUGCUGUAUGGUUUUGACUGAGAGACAGUAUGUUUUGAAGGGUUUUACUUGUUACUUUGACUUUUAUCCACCUCAUCAAUGGCUAUAGCUGUUAGCUGAUUAUUAUUUAGCUACAUACUACACCAUAUGCCUUGAUAUUCCCCAUAGGCUAUUCCCUAUAAUUACCGUUCACCAUAUCUAAUGGUUAGGAGUUUUCCAGGAUAAGAGACUGGCACCAUGAUUAACAAUUACAGCACAUUGUUAGAAUACGAAGCCAUACUGUCUAGCCAUCCUGCAAUUACAUACUCCCCUCAUCUAAAAUUACCAGUCAAAAAUGAGUUAAUCAAGUCUGGGCUGGUGGUAUUGCUUUUGUGUGGGUACAGCAGGUGUGAUAAGACUGGUGGUUUCAUUGUAAUGCCUCCUCCACAGAGUGAGACAGCAGGAUGACGAGUCUAGUGGCGAGGCUCCCUCAUUGUUUCAGCUGGCUUCAGACCCGCUGGGUGCAUUACAAAUAACAAGCAGAAGGUAGCGCUGUGCUACGCAUUGACGCUGGAUUUCUUAAAACGCUACUAGAGGGAGAUUACAUGCAUCUGCGUAUUAUAGCAAACUUGCUUGUAACGAAAAACCCAUAUGAAUAAACCAGCUGAUCAGUUGAUGUCUCGUUGUUACCAUGUCAAGUGAUUAUGAAAGCUGACAGCUGCGUCUAGGACCCAGUUUGGGAACCCCUGGGGUAGACGCAGUCUAAGAGUAGAAGAAUAUAGAAGUAGAAGGCCUAUAUUUCAUUCAAACGUUUCACCUUAAAUAGCUAAAUAAUUUAAUAUAUGCCAUUUAAAAUAACUUUAUUAGCCUACAUUUUCAUUUGAUAAAAUAAAAUAUAGAUUAUAUAAUUAAAUCACAAUUGACUUGAUUUAGUUACACAUUUGAAAUAUGGACAGGCCAGGGAUAUUUUACCCCCGAUCUUGAUAAGAAAUGAUCAUACCAGACAAUUAUAUUUUAAAGACAAUUGUAUUUAAUGCAGGGGCGCAACUUUCACUGGGGACGGGGGGGGGGCGACAUGUCCCCCCCACACAUUCUGAAAUUGCAUUUUUGUCCCCCCCAGUUUUAUCAUUGGAAUGUGAUACAAAACGAGGCAACAGUGUGCUUUAGGACCAUGCGGACGUCUCCGAGCGGUUGGGUAGGCUGUUUGGAGUGUUUAUCCGACUGGAUCAAAAAUAAAAAAUACAUUUAUACCCCCCCACUUCUAAAAACAAAGUUACGCCCUUGAUUUAAUGGAUUACAUCAACUGGAAACAAAUCAAAUAAGAGUAGGCUACACUAACAUUAGUGUUCCAUUCAUACAAGAUGUCGGAUAAUUCCCACAGUAGAUUUGCUGUGGUAAACGAGGAAAUACUAAUUUCAGUUGUGCGGAAUUAUUGUCAAAUAGAUAAAUUGCCCUUAGUCGCCAGAGUUUGGGAAACACUGGACUAAAGUAACACUGUCUAAACAAAGCCACUAGGUUAGAUGGAUGAGCCAGCCAGCCUCCUGUACAGAGCUGAGGGAUUCACUAUUUUCUCUCUUUCUCUUUUGCUGAUUUGCUCUCUUUUUCUCUCUCUCUCUUCCCCCUCCAUCUCUCAUCCCUCCCUCUCAUCCGCCCUCCCCCUCUCCCCCCUCCUCCUUUUCCCUCCUCCUCUCUCUCUCCCAGGGACAUGACGGAGGUGGUACACAUUAA